CACUUUCUCUCUUACUCUUAUUCCUACUUUUACUUCUCUGCUCUGCUCUGUCUGCUCCGCUGCAUCUAUCUCUCCUCCCUUGACUCCCUCUCCACUCUUAUAUAUCAUGCUUUGAUCUCGACCAUGGCCCCUCCCCUCCCCCCUCGUCCCCCUCCGCUGCCUCCGCUGCCUCGUCGCUAACCGCCAUGGAAGACCAACGGCCCGAAGUCCUCGUCGUCUCCAUCGUCUUCUUCGUCAUCGCCACCGUUUUCGUCGCCCUACGUUUUGUCUCGCGUAUUUUUAUCGUCCAAAAGGUGGCCCUGCAUGACUAUCUUAUGCUUCUGGCCUGGGUCCUCGACUUCGGCUUCUCCUUCUCCCUCUUCUAUGCCACCCGUCAAGGCCUCGGCCUCCACGAUGUCGAUAUCCGUCCCGACCAGCGUCCUGGCCUCAAUCGCGCCGACUAUGCCUUCACCGUCCUCUACAACCCGGCCCUCAUGGCCGUCAAAACCUCCAUCCUCAUCUUCUACCUCACCCUCACCCAGGGUGAAAAGGUUUUUCGCUGGGCCAACUACGUUACCCUCUUCGUCGUCAAUGCCGCCGGUUUCGCCCUGACCCUCGUCAAUGUGUUCCAAUGUCGCCCUGUCGGCGCUGCCGUUGCUUAUCCCUUGCCUGCGGGCGCCCAGUGCAUCGACAUUCUCACCCUCUACCUUUCCUCCUCACCGGUCAACAUUGUCACCGAUCUGGCCAUACUCUUCCUCCCGAAUCCAAUCCUCACUCAGAUGCGUCUCCCGCGGAAGCAAAAAAUCAUCCUUGUCAUCACCUUCAGUUUCGGCUUCUUCGUCGCCGUCGUCGACGUCAUCCGCAUUGCCUAUAUUCAGGAUGCGGCCACGGCGCGGCAGAUUGCGUCGCGACAGGUCCACCUCCAGGAUACCCCGGGGGAUGAUUUAAGCUGGUACGGUGCGCUCUCGUUCAUGUGGUCCGUCAUCGAAGUCAACGUCUCCAUUAUUUGUGCCUGCGUUCCUAGUCUCAAGCCGCUCGUCGCACGACUCAUUCCGAAAUUGAUCCGCGACACCAACGAGAGCUCGCAAGUCACCGACCUCCCCAUGCCGUCCCCCGAUCCCCCGGAGCUCCCCACCGUCUCCGGGCCCACCGGCCGGAAGGUGUCACAAUCGGACAGCCACAGCAGCCAGGCGGCCUCGGCUCGCGUCGACCUGGCCGACUUUCUGAGCACCGCGCCAGAUGGGCCACCGGACGUCGAAAACCGGACGAACACCGUCACAACCAAUACCUCGUAUCCUCCGAGCAUCACAUUUUUUGAUUUUGUCAACAUGAAGAAGCCGGCCAACAUGCUCAAGCUCAGCAACAAGGAGUCUAUUACCCCGAUUGCGCUGACGACCAUCCUGUUCUUCCUCUGGGGGUUUGCCUACGGUCUGCUAGAUAUUCUGAAUGAGCAGUUUCAGGACAUUUUGCGUCUGGACGUGUGGAGGUCGUUUGGGCUGCAUGCGGUUUACUUUGGGGGUUACCUCGUGGCGCCGUCGUUGGUGGGGCGGGUCGUGCUGAAGCGGUGGGGAUUCAAGUCGACCUUUAUCACGGGCCUCUGCAUCUACGCCUGCGGCACGUUGAUCUUCUGGCCGUCGGCCGUGCUAUCCUCGUACGCCGCCUUUGCGGUGUCUAAUUUUAUCGUAGGCUGCGGAUUGGCGGUGCUGGAGACGGCGGCCAACCCAUUUAUAGCGCUCUGUGGACCACUCGAGAACUCGGAGAUCCGGUUGAACAUCUCGCAGGGCGUGCAGGCAAUUGGCAGCGCGGUCUCGCCGCUACUGGCUAAAAAGGUGCUGUUCAAGAGCGUGACGGACGUGAGCGCCCUGGUCGAUGUGCAGUGGACGUAUCUCGGCAUCGCGCUGUUCGACGUGCUGCUCGCCCUGGCGUUCUACUACCUGCCCAUUCCGGAGGCCUCGGAUGAGGAUCUGGAGGAGCUGGCCAACCGCCGGCGCGCCGACAAUCGGGCCACAGUGAUGGGAAUCCCGGUGGUCUGGGUGACGCUGGCGUUGGGCGUGUGGUCGCAGUUCUUCUACGUGGCUGGACAGGAAGUGCUGUCGAUGAGCUUUAGCGACUAUGUCGGCACGGUGCACCCCAAUUCCGCCCUGAGCCCGUUUGAACAGCUGACGGUCGCCCACACGGUGUUUGCCAUCGGCCGCUUCCUCGCGGCCUUUUUGCAGUGGUUCCUGAAACCGCGGUGGAUCCUGAUGCUGUCGUACAUUGGCAUGAUCGUGUUUUCGGUGUUAUGCAUGAAGAUGACGGGACGGACGGCCGAGGCAAUGGCGCAGAUGGUGUAUCUGUUUGAGAGUGGGGCGUUUAGCAUCAUCUUUGCCAUCUCGCUACGAGGCACUGGACGACACACGAAGACGGCGACAGUGCUGUUGACGGUGGCGAUCAGCGGAGGGGCGUUCUUCCCGUUUGCGCAGUACGCGGCAGAGAUGGCUGGAGGCGUGCGGUACUCGUACUGCGUGCUGGUAGCGCUGUUCAGCGCGGGGGCACUCUUCCCGGUGUACCUGAACGUGGUGCCGGCAGCGAAGAAGCAGGUAGACCCGGUGCCCAACGAGCACCUGCGACACCACCGACGGCGCAGCCGGGUCAAGGCGACGGUGGUGGCGCGCGAGAAGGAAAACCCGUCGGUCGGGGGCGUCUUAUCGCGCCGGCGCAGCGUGGUGUCGGAUCCGCUGCCGACGGUGCAGCUGGCGGAUCACACCAAGCGGAAUGGAGGAUUGAUGCACGAGUUGGCGCCAUGGCCAGAG